CAGUCCUUGAAGUUGAAUGGCUUGAGGCCAUACAGUGAGGGUUGUUUGGUGUCUUCAUCUCCACCACCAGUCAAAUAUUAUCUAUAUUUUCAAAAUAAAAUAAUUUUCUUUGAACACCAUAAAAAAAAAUAAAAAAGAAAAGGAGAAGCUUUUUCCUCUCAUUAUUCAGAAGGAACGUGUGUUCGUUUGUUCGGUGGUGAAUUCCUAUCCACACGUCUCACCGGAAACAUGUCAGCGGUGGUUGCUGGUUCCUCCUCUUCAUUCUCUGCCACCUUCACCACCAGAAGGAGCCCCUCCUUAAAAAACUCUCAACUCUCUCAUUCCAAGGCACUCACUUCACCUCAAUGCCAGAAAACAUCUUUACAAGGGCUCUCACUUCAUGAAGCCAAAAGGGGUGUUUCAGAAUCCUUCCUAGUUGAGAACAACAAUGGUUCCUCCAUUGCUGGAAGGAGACUUGAGAUCACAGCACGAACUGCUGGGGCUUCAAAGACAAUUGAGGUGGAGGUUGACAAGCCACUUGGCCUCACCUUAGGCCAAAAGUCUGGUGGUGGUGUUGUCAUCACUGCUGUUGAUGGUGGUGGGAAUGCAGCAAGAGCAGGGUUAAAGGCAGGGGACCAAGUCCUUUACACUAGCAGUUUCUUUGGGGAUGAAUUGUGGCCUGCGGAUAAGCUUGGAUUUACUAAAACCGCCAUCCAAGCAAAGCCGGACUCUGUCUACUUUGUUGUCAGCAGGGGUGCUGAAGUAGACGUUAAAAAGCUCACAAAGCGACCUGCUCCUCCUCGAUUUGGAAGAAAACUGACCGAGACUCAAAAGGCGAGAGCUACUCACAUUUGCCUUGAUUGUGGAUACAUAUACACCUUACAGAAACCUUUUGAUGAGCAGCCGGACACAUACGGGUGUCCUCAAUGUCAAGCACCAAAGAAGAGGUUUGCUCGUUAUGAUGUUAACACUGGAAAAGCUAUUGGUGGGGGCUUGCCUCCAAUUGGAGUUAUUAUUGGACUCCUGGCUGGUGUAGGGGCUGUUGGAGCUUUGCUUGUUUAUGGUCUUCAGUAACAUUUUAUUAAUUCCACGACAUGUUAAUUUUGUUUAUUUUCUGUCCUCCAAAGUUGUCCAAUAUUGGAGCUUGUGUCUCAGAAAAACUCCUUGGAUGCUCAUGUCAAAGUUGAAUGAAGCUUUCUAUAUGAGAUUCAAAAUAAAUUUCAAACUA